UUCAAAAGCCACAUGUCAACUUGACUAUAAAAUUAAAAAUGUCAAACCCUACUUGCCACACACACUCACAUGCAUCAUGCAUAAAUAAGACCUAGAAUCUACUUCACACACAAAUUGAGAGAACAAUGGGUGUUUGUUAUUCUUGCAAUACAUCCUCAAUAUUUAAAAACAUCAUAAGAGUAGUUCAUCUCGAUGGUUUUGUGGAAGAUUUUCAUCAACCAAUUUCAGCAAGCCAAGUUAUUGGAAAUCUACCAAAACACUUUGUUUGUACUUCAAUUCAGCUUCUUUCAUCAUCCUACAAACCAUUGAAACGAGAUACUAGUCAACUUCAACCUGGUCAACUCUAUUUCAUGCUACCAUACUCAGUACUCCAAGCUGAUGUGUCUCCGGUUGAUUUGGCUUGCUUAGCAAAGAAGCUCACAGCCAAAGGCAAAAACAAACCAUAUGAUUACAGUAAGUCUCCAACAGUUAUUCCUUUACUUUCAAGGAGUCCUUGUAGAGUUGGAAUGGAAGAGAAAGUUAUGAUGAAUGGAGGAAGAAGCCCUUGUAGAAUGCAGUCAUGGAAACCUAUCUUGGAAACUAUUGCAGAGAAAUCACUCAACAGGAGAACUGAAUCAGAUUUGCAAGACAUUGUUAUCAAUGUUUAGAUGACAUGUAUGUCUGUAACGAUUAUGUAUCUGGUGUUCUUUGUGAAGUAGUAGGAAAUUUCUUCCUCAAAAGUCUAACCGUUCUCACUAUUAUUGCACCAUAAAAAAGUUGUAGGGAUCUUAUUUGAAAAGUCAUGCUCGCAAGGUCUUCAUUUUUUCAUUAAAAUUAAAGACUAAAGUAGACUUUCGAUAGUCAAACUAUAUAGUUAUCAUAAAUUAUGAGGUGGUAAAUUAACUGAUAAAAGUUUGACUUUGUAAUUUCAAGAAACAUAGUUCAGAUCUCAAGCAAACAUAAACUUGGUUGACUUUUAAGAGAAAUUUGAUAGACUAAAAGUGAUUUUGUUUAA